AGGAUCAGUUCAUCUUUUGAUGUCACUCGAGGCGGAGGUGAACUCGAAUGGUGGCUUAGCCGUUAGCAAAAUAAUAUUGACAAAAUGUUCGGCAGUGGAAUCCUGGAUACCGGGAUAAACCAGGAAGAGGAGAGCCCGAAAAGGCCUACAUUAGAGCGAUCCGUUUCAGAUUACAGUGAACGUGAUGUGCAGUGCGGGUUUUGGAUUUGCCGCGGGCGAAUAUGGCAGAAGCUGGCGAGUAAAAAGCUAUACGUGUUCUUAUUCGGGAUAGUUGGAUGUUUGUUCGGUUCCACGACAGCAUAUUUCUACGGUACUUUGACCACCGUCGAGAAGAGUAUCCAAAUUUCUUCCAAGAAUGCAGGAAUCAUUACGGCCGGAUCGGAUCUGUCUUUUGUGUUGUCAUCGUUCUUUCUGUCGUAUUAUGCGUCCAACAAGAGGAAGCCUCUGUGGAUAGCGAUGGGAAUAACUAGUAUGGGACUGUCGUGCUUCGUGAACGCGCUGCCGCAUUUCAUGUAUGGACCCAGCAUUGAUGAUCUUAUGCAGCAUAGUGGCAACACUACAGUGGGUGUGUCGAGAACGGCAGAUAACUUGUGCAGCAUGGAUCGGCUGCCACCCGACUGCUCAACUGAUAUGGGAAACUUGAGACCGCAGCUGCUUCUGUUUUUGGGAAGCUUCCUCUCCGGUCUUGGAAGUUCACUGUAUUUUACGUUGGGAUUAACCUACCUGGAUGACAAUGUGAGGAAAGAGAAAGUUCCAUUCUUGUCCAGCCUGUCGGCUUUCGGCAGGAGGCUGGGACCAAUGUUGGGUUAUUCGAUGGCUGCUCUGUGUUUGAGGUAUUUCGUGUUUCCAAACAUUGAUCCAGGUUAUGGAUCAUCGGAUCCAAGAUGGAUUGGUGCAUGGUGGACGGGUUGGAUUGCGCUUGGCGUAUCAUUACUCUUGGUGGCUCCUAUUUUCGCUGGAUUCCCAAAGAUUCUUCCGCGCGCUGCCGAGCGAAAGUCUUUGUCACGACAGGCUAGUCGAAUAAGUGGAGCGACCGUCGAAGAACUCGAACCGGAAACAUCAUUCUCAGAUCUUUUACUCACUGUAAAGCGGUUGAUUACCAACAAAGCUUACGUGUUCAACAAUACGGCGAGUAUUUUCUACUUCUUUGGGUACAUGCCGUAUUUUUUGUUCCAAGCUAAAUAUAUUGAAAUUCAAUACAGGCUAACCCCAUCCGAAGCUAACAUGGUAACCGGAAGUACAUCUUUGGUUUUCUCUGCUUUGGGAAUUUUAAUCGCUGGAGCAGUAAUCCAAAAGAUCAAACCAACGUCCAGGCAAUUGACGGGGUGGAAUAUUUUCACCAGCAUUUGCUCAGCAGGACUAAUAGUAAUGUACUCCGUGUUUGGUUGCAAUGAUAUAAAUAAUUCAUCAAUUGUUAGCAACUCACAAGGAGUCAGCUGUAGCGUUGGAUGCAACUGUGAUUUUGUCAAAUAUGCCCCAAUCUGUGGGAGUGAUGGGAACACAUAUAUGUCACCAUGCCAUGCUGGCUGUAAAGAACAAAUUAAACAGCUCAAUGGGACAAUUCUAUAUUCAGAUUGCUCCUGUAUAGAAGGUUCCUUAAAUUCUUCGUACGCUUUUCUAACAUCAAUGGAUUUUGACAACAAUACCUCAUUCGACCCAUCAGCCUUGGAAGGAACGGCAAUUUCCGGAAGCUGUCCCGUAAACUGCAUGACUCCGUUCUACAUGUUCAUAGUGAUGGUCUGUCUGAACAAAUUCAUCGGUGGCACGGAAUCGGCUGCCAACUUUUUGGUUGGUCUACGCUGCGUUGAAGAACGCGACAAGGCUAUUUCGCUGGGUCUUUCGAUGGCUAUCAAUACAUUGUUUUCCUUCCUACCGGCACCGAUCAUAUUCGGAAUGAUCAUCGAUCGGACGUGCGUUCUCUGGGGACGAACAUGUUCCAGUCAAGGCAACUGCUGGUUGUAUGACGGACAAACGCUGCGGACGUCUAUGAACUACACAUCGGCCGCACUGGUCAUGGUGGGAACGUGCUUCGACCUUGGCACCUGGUGGCAUUCCAAAAAUUUCCGAAUAUUCGACGAUAAGGAACAGAAAGAGAGCGAUGAAAAACAAACGGACGCUCCGGAUGCGGAAGCGGCAGAGCCGUUCGUAAAAAAUGGAGUUGAGCAAUCCGAAAUGGUUGUUUUGAUGAAAGAACAAACCGAGAGCAAAUAAGAUGUUGAACACGUUUUAGCUGUUAACGUAAUGUAAAAAGGUAUAAUAAACCAGUUUUAUUACAGUCGACGUCAAGGUUAGAAUAGCUGUGCUUAUCACAACGCACCAUGGCGGAUAAUUUACAUAUUUGCUUUGAUGGGAUGUCCAAAUUCAGUUAUCUUUACAAAAUAAAGUCUAGCCUACUA